GGACGAACAGUCUAAAUGUUAUAGUCGAUGCAUAGAUUUUUUGCUUCACCACCACCGCGUUCACGUUGUGAAAACUCCACCCGAACAUGCGCUGCUUUGCACGAGAUUGCGCCCCAGCGAAAGUGCUUCCGCACAGAAAAAGUGACAUCUUUUUUCUUUGCGCGUCAUUAUGCGCAUGGUCAUUCUUUAUCUUUCAAGUUCAACUUCUAACCACUCCUGUCACCGCAGCCAAGGGAACCUGUGCUAGCGUCAGUACGCUCGGGCUUUUGGCAUCUCUGAACGAGGACACCGAUCAUACCGCGAGGAGAACAGACGAUGAGCCGUCAUUUACAGAGACGCUCAUUUGCCUACUCAAAGACCGGGAAACUACUACCGCACCAUCGCGGUCGGCACGAGAGCUUAUCGGUAUUCCGGAAAUAGAUCUGAGCGUGUGCCCGGUACAACUGGUUGUAAACGUAAACGAACGCCCCCCUUGCGAGUCCACUGCGCUCACAGUGCUGCGGAAUUUCUACGAGCUAGACCUCGAACGGGCGAAAGCCCCGGAGCUUCUGUGGCCGCUCAGCUACAAGGCACAAAUGCUGCAAUGGUCCACCAGCAUAGUACGAGCAGCUGUGCGAAAUUUCGAGCCGGGGAUGUUUGACGUGACGCAUUGCGGCAAUAUGGCGAAAAUCAGCGGUGCGGCGCACUGGACCAAAAUCAGCGCAUUUCUCGAAACGCAAGGCACUGCCGGUGCUGGGCUCGCGCGGGCUGUCGAGAAGAGGGAGGCAGGGCGGUACCACGAGGGUUCGAAUGCUGCAAUCCUCGGCAUCGUGAAGGCCUUCUUGGCCGCGGAUUCGACUCACACGAGUACCUCGACGGCAAAAGAUCCACACCAAUUCCUUCCCCCGUCAUCAACGAGUGCUGCAGUUGGCGGCGCCUUUGCUAUCGCCUAUAUGCCGUGCGCCCUCGGCAGUGACGACGGCUUUGAUGGGGCCGGAAUGGAGGACGGCUCCUGCGAUGCGACCCACAUUUUCACCAUCGAGAAAACCGCCAGCAAUCAGUGUUUUCUCCUUGCGUCAGACCUGUGGUCUUACACCAUGGACGAACUGGUUCUGACGGGAAUACCCCCUGCUUCGAGAGAAGAGGAAAGCGCGGAGCUAGAGCAGUUCAACCGCAUGAGUCGACAGAAUGCUGCGAAAAUAACAUGGUUGUCUGAACAGCACCAGCGCAAUAAAACAGAGACGGACAUCGACUUCUAUAAUUCGAAAGAGAGUAGCGACAUCAAGGACAAGCUCCUUCUACCCCGGUUGCCGGGCAGCCGGCCCGAGCCGCGGCGAAAAACAAAAGUGCCGCUUUCGGCGUUGACGGUAACGCGAAGCUGGAUGCGGUACGACGACGGGAUCGACGAUGAUGCUUCCAAGGCGACUGAGGAUUUGCUGGCUUCCUUUGAUAGCGAGGGUACAGGCGAUCAUGUCCCUGCACGCAGCUGCUCGCUUGCGGACCGCGUUCGGGUGGAGGUGAUGCCUGCACGAAAGGGGCGCAAUUGCAACGACGUGGCCGCCGUGUUGCAGAUGUACUUGACGGGAGAGAUUCCCGGCCCUUAUCCGCAGGUGGAUUUUCUCGAGCGCAUUCGCGAUCCGGAGGAACUUCGAGGGCAAAAUCCGCUGCGUGCGCACGAAACCGAUUUUGUAGCAGUUUUCGAUCGUGUUCUGAAUGAAGUCGUUGCUCGGGAGCUCUUUGACCCUUUCUAUCGGCCGGACCAACCUACUAGUGAGAUCGAGGAGGGUGGUGCAGAGAAGUCCAGCGACGGUGUACCGCCGAACCGGGAGCCGGUCAAAAACACGUACAAAACGGAACGGAGCCUGCGCUCGAUGCUGGCGUGGACCUUAUUGUCCGGACGCUUUAACCAUUCCCGGUCCCCGAAUUCUUUUCCUCCGCGAUCGGGCGAAACGCAACUGCUUGUGUACAGCGAAGAAGAGAAAAUUCCAGAAAGAGGGCUACUGCGUCCGGAACUGCGACCGAGAUGGUCCGGGGAGCCGUCGCCUUCUUGAAAAUGUUAAUAGAGAUUUUUUAGGCCGCUUAGCAGCGUGGCCGACAAAUACAAAGUGAAAUAUAGAUACUAGUAUUCCCUGGUUGUGAUUCUGGCAGACCCGCGAGCCGCACCAUCCUUCGCUGGGUAGAGAUCGCAUCCGCCCGCAAGACUCCAGUUUCGGCGGAUUCAAAAAAAAAAAAAUUGCUUCCGCUCUAUAAAUAUCUAAUGAAUAAUGGAAUCGCGGCUGGUAGAUGCGUUGAGCUGCAAAUGCAAUAAUGCUGCAAAGAGCUAUUGCCGGGCGUGAAAAUGACCCAGGAGUUUACACAAAACCGUUUCUUCACUUGGGAAAAUGCAUUAUGCAAUUUAGGACUUGAACCAAUUCAAU